AUGAAGACCCUGUUCAAGAACGGACACAUUCUGUCCGAUUCCCAACAAUGCCCGUGUAUGGUUGUCGAGGACGACCGCAUUGUCUAUGUCGGUAGCGAGACCGACGCCCCUGCCGCCGAUAGCGAGAUCGACCUCGCCGGCCGCCGAGUGCUCCCGGGUUUCAUCGAUGGGCAUAUGCAUCUGCUCCUCUUUGGCGCCUCCCUCUCCAAGAUCAGUCUGGAUGAGUGCAAAGACCUCGCCGAUAUCCGCCGCACCAUCCAAACUGCCGCCGCGGAACGUCCUUCCGCCCCGCGGCUGUUCUGCAGAGGCUGGAUGCACUCGAUGACCGACGGAGUUGCCCUGGCCAGUAUGCUGGAUGACAUCGAUCCGCGUCCCAUCUUCAUCGAUUCCAAGGACCUGCAUUCCGCCUGGUGCAACUCGGCUGCCUUGCGCGAAUUGGCCGUCGAGGACGUCCCCAACCCCGCCGGUGGCACUAUCCAUCGGGAUCCGACUACCGGCAAACCCUCGGGUCUACUCGAGGAGGCUGCCGCCGUCAACAUUGUCUGGCCGCACGUCGCUCGCGUCGCGUCCACCGAGGAAAAGCUGGGCUACAUCCGUGCGGCCGUCCGCGCGUAUAACGCUUCCGGGUACACGGGCAUGAUCGAGAUGGCCACGGACGAGAACAUCUGGGAGGCAAUGCGGCAGCUGCGGGAGCGAGAGGCGGUGCCGAUCCGGCUGGCCGCGCACUGGGUCAUCCUCCCCGGCAAGACGGACGAUGAGGUGCUGCGUCAGGUCGACCGCGCCAUCGAGCUCCACCAAACAUAUAACCUCACCUCCUCGCCCGACUUCCGCAUCACCGGCAUCAAGGUGAUCUGCGACGGGGUCAUCGACGCCUGCACAGCAUCCCUGCUGCAGCCUUACUCCUCCAACGGGGUGGACUGCGCCCCCUUGUGGGAACCGGACAUCCUUCGCAAGGUCGUAGCCAAAGCCGAUGCCGCCGGGCUGCAGUGUGCACUGCACGCGAUCGGCGAUGCUACCGUGCGACUGGCCAUUGACACGCUGGAGGCGGUAGGCACGCCCGGCCGACGCCACCGCAUCGAGCAUCUGGAGCUUACGGCGCCGGAGGACGCCCGCCGUCUCGGGCAACUGGGCAUCACGGCCUCGGUGCAGCCGGUGCACGCGGACCCGGCCAUCCUGCGUGCAUGGCCCAAGCUGCUCGGGAAGGAGCGUUGUGCGCGGGCCUUUGCCUACCGCGAGUUCCUCGAGGCUAGCGCGCCGCUGGCCAUCGGCACCGACUCGCCCACCGCGCCGCAUUUCCCGCUGCGUAACCUGUACACGGCGACAACGCGACGGUCGGCGCGUCAGCCCGCACUGACUGACACUGUGAACCCGCACUUUGCGCUGUCUCUCCUCCAGGCCGUCGGCGCCGCCACGCAGGGCUCGGCGUACUCGUGCUUUGCGGAUGGAUUCACCGGACGGUUGGCGCCGGGCUUCCAGGCGGAUUUUGCGGUCAUUGACAUGGAAUGGGAGGCAGAGCGACUCCUCGACGCGAGGGUUGUGGAGACCUGGUACGGCGGGAAGAAAGUAUAUCAAGCCUAG